CUUUUUCCAUACACAGUCAACACCUUGACAGCGUAGAAGCCGCAGUUGGAAUUGCAGUGCACGAUUGGUCGAUAGCCUAUAUCAAAAAUGUCUCCGAAAAAUUUUAAGCUGACUUGUGAAGCUUUGAAUGAAGAGAAAACAUUUACCUCAGGAGAUACCAUCAGGGGCACGCUAACUUUCACUUUGACCGAAGACACCAAAGUGAAAAGUCUAGGUGUUAAAGUCAAAGGGUACGCGCACGUACACUGGACGGAGGGAGCUGGAGAUAGAAGGACUACAAAAUCUAAAAUCAAGGAGUACUUGAAAGUUAAACAAUCCAUUGUUGAAAAGAAUUCCGACGGCACUGUGCUUCCGAAAGGAGACCAUUGCCAUAAAUUCAGUCUCAACAUACCACUGAGUGACCUGCCGUCAUCCUUCAAGGACCUUCAUGGAAAGGUUGUCUACACACUAAUAGCAAGGAUGUCCAGGAGCUGGAAGAUGCCUUUGGUGGAAGAACAGGAGCUCAAAUUUCUGUCAAACUCCUUUGCAAACAUUGCCCAGUGCCCCGUCACUGCUUCAUUGGAAAAAGGAAAGGUCCAAAUGUCUGCUACUGUUGACAAAAGGAUUUGCUGUCCAGGUGACACUUUAUCUGUUGUUGCCAAAGUCUGCAAUUCCUCCUCCAAGAAAAUGAAGCCCAAAUUUAGCUUGAUGCAGAAAAUAGUCUACCGUGCCCAUGUCUCCACUAAGCACAGUUAUCGAACUUAUUGCAAAGAGGUUGGGGAAACUAUUGCAUCCAACUCAAACGAAACCGUCUCCUGCAAGCUGACCGUUCCUGUUGAUGCCGUAUACACCAUGAACAAUUGUGAAUUGAUCACAAAUGAAUAUUUUGUCCAGGUGUAUUUGGACAUCCGUUUUGCCAUUGAUCCAGAGGUAGUGCUUCCCGUGGUUGUUGUUCCUGCUAAAUGUGCUUCCCGUAAGCACGAUGAAUCUAUGGGUCCUUACCUAUCUGGGCCUGUUGGUGCCCCUGGUCACAGUGACUUCCCUCCUCCAGCCUUCCCUGUGGGACCUUAUCCUGUACCUGUAGGUCCAAGUGCUCCACUUCAGCCUGGUCAGACUCUGGGGCCCUACCCAGCUGGGGCUGUUGGUGCACAAGGUUACAGCAACUUCCCUCCCCCAGGACCUUAUUCUGCACCCACAGGCCCAGGCACUUAUGGAUAUCCAGCACCACAUCCCGCACAACCUGCCCCCACAACAUUUGGCUUUAAUAAUCAGUGGCCACAACAGGCUCCUCCUUAUGGUUAUCCAGCUGCAGCUUUCCCAACAUCUUCAGUGCAGCCCCAAGCCCCUGCUGCUCAGCCUCAGUUUCAGCAGGGAGAAACCCCUCCAACCUAUAUGUCCCUUUUCCCCCCUCCUACUUAAAAAGCACAGAUGAUAAAAACUGAACUACCUAAAGAAUGCUACACUGCUAUUGAAGGGGGCAUUGGAGCUACUGAAAAUGAACUAAAUGUUUAAUAUUGCUAUAGCUUAAACCGUUGUUUGCAUUUGCAUAGUUUAGGGUCAUAUACAGGAAAUAUUGAAGAUUUAUAGUGUUUAAGUUCUAUUGUGAUACCAUCGUGAUCUGUCUAUGUUCAUCAUUCAUUCAAGGGUUUUGUUAGGAUGAAGGAUUGAGAUAAGUAAAAACUUCACUUUGUACUUUUAA